CCCUAUAAACUUCACUCCACAGUCUAGGCCCCUCCCUGCAUAACUUCCUGCACACGCGCCUGUAAAGUAAGUAAGUAAGUAAGUAAGUAAGUAAGUAAGUAGAGCCUAAGUAAGUAUGUAAAUAAAUAAAUAAACAAAACGAAAAAGACAAAUAUAUGUGGAUAUAGCACUGUAUGAAACCAUACAUUGACAAUACAUGUAACUCGUAUAUCCAUCCACCCAUCCAUCCGUCCGUCCGUCCGUCUACAAACACAUUCGUCAGUAUAUACAUAAACUCUUGUUUCAUUAUAGCUGGAUAUAUGGCGGUACUCCAACAAGCAUGGCGGAAGUAUGGAUAUCAUGGUUUCCCCGGACAUGAUAGAACAUUUUGAAAACGAAAUGCGAUUAAAAGGAAUUUUCUACAAAGAAAUCAUCUCUGACUUGGAAAAACUGUUGAAGACAGAGAGAGAUGAAAUGAAACGGUACACAAGCGUGAAGCCGAAGUUGACAUCAAAGAAUACACCAAGUAUUACCUAAGUUAUGAGCAGGUGCAAACGUUUCUUCAGCGAAUCCUCAGCGAUACGACGAGACGGGCCGAUGUUGACGUCAUCAAGAUCGGGUCGUCCUACGAAGGAAGAGAUCUAAACAUGAUCAAGAUAUAUUCUGGGUCCAGGUGUGAUGCAAAACCUAUCAUCUUCAUCGACGCUGGACUGCAUGCACGAGAAUGGCUGGGCCCCGCCACGGUUAUCAAUUUUAUUUACAAUCUAGCGAUGAACGAAACGAAUCAAGAUCUCUUGGAACUGUACGACUGGUACAUUCUGCCACUGGGCAACCCAGACGGAUACCAGUAUACGAGGCAAUUUAACCGAAUGUGGCGAAAAACUCGUAAUCAAAACCCAGGAAACCGAUGUAUAGGAACGGAUGCCAACAGAAACUUCGGAUACAAAUGGAACCCAGGCAGAUUUACUGGAGCCAGUACGAAUCCGUGUAGCAAUACGUACGCCGGCCCUAAACCCUUUUCUGUUCCGGAAACCAGAGCCAUCAGAGACGUUCUUGUAAAACACCAGAAGAACAUCAAGCUGUACCUGUCUGUUCAUACGUACGCCCAGUAUUUCCUCUACCCAUAUGCCUGGAGCAGUAGUCAGUCAGCCAGAGCUAGCGACUGGAGGGAUCUUGUUCGACUGGCUAAAGUAUCUUCCUCUGCCAUGUAUAGAAGAUAUAAGAUUUUGAGCGCGGGACCAGACUUUUAUGCUGCUGCCGGAAUGUCAAUCGACUAUGUCAAAGGUUCGCUGAACAUUAAAUAUUCGUACCUGAUCGAGCUGCCCCCAGCCCACGGCACCUUCGGCGGUUUCGUGGUCAGUCAGAAAUACAUCCCGAGUGUCGCCCAGGACACGUGUAACGGACUGCGGGCUCUUGCCUAUGGAUUGAAGUCUGAGUUAGGUAAGGAUGCUUUUUGUUCAGUAACGAAAGCGGAAGUCACUUCACCGGAACCGGAAGUCUCUUCACAGGAACCGAGAGUCACUUCACCGGAACCGGAAAUGAUAAUCGCGGCAAAGACAACUUCUACUAAUUACAGACGGACUACAAAUGUGGUGACAACAACAGUAAAUGCUACAAAAGAAGAUUUUAUGCCAGAGGCAACAACUGUCAAACCUGAAACCACCACCAUUAAACGACAAACUGCACCGAUAAGAGUCAUUUACAGGAUAUAUCCUCUUUGGAUUCUGCGCAUGCCCGAGCCAGUCCGAACGAAUUAUAAGAAGUGGUAUGACUGCGUGUACCGCAGAAUUUGUAUAUAAAAACCAAACUACUUAA